CUUUGUUUUCCUUUGAUGGAUGAAUGUUGUGCUGCCCACACUGCAUUAAAUCUGUAACAGUGUUGGGAGUACAUGACAUCCAUCUCCCCCCACAUGGUCUCUCGAUUUAAUCUAAUCACAGCCCCACAUCAGUGUCAUUACUAGAUAUACAGACACACACUGCACAUUCAUAUAAGCUGAGAUCAGAGGAUGAAAUCUUGCUGCUGCAACUAUAUAUGGAUCUUGUUGAUGAUGGCAGGGAGGAAACUUGGUUCUUCGGGAACUCGCUUCAUGGGAAAUCAAGAAUGUUCAAUAUGAGACGUCAUUCUCAUCCGCCUUGUCCUUCUACCUCAAACAGUAUCAUAGGCAUGAAUUUAGUAGCUGAGAAAUCCAUGGAACAAACUUAUUCAUCAAUCAAGAAAAUCCCAGAAGGUACACUAACUCGGGCAGGUCCAGCUCUAAUGAAGACAACUUCAAUGCCAACAAACAAAGAAUCAUCAACUAGAAUCUAUAGUACAAUGAAGAAGCAGCAAAUAAUGCAGUGCGGUCGUCAUCUGUCAAGGGCACUAUCAUCCCUGCCAAGUUUUGCAGAAAAGGAAGAAUUUGAAGAAGACGAUGAUGAGGAAAGCGAAUUUUGUAUGGGGAAAUUGAUCAGACAAGCAUCUUUAAACCAUGCAAGAGUUCAACCUCCGCUUCCCUCUGUUAAGGGUCUGAGAAGAAGCUGUAGCAUUUCUAUUGUACCAAAACAGACAAAUAGCAAGAUUACAGGGUGUGACUAUGAAGAGAUAAAACCAAGGAAAGGUAACGAUGGGAAGAAAGAGCGUUUAUGAUAAUAGGACAGAAGGGUUGAAUCAGAGGUUGAUGAGUUUGAAGUUGCAAGAGAGAGAUGAAGAAAAUAAUGUGGUAAGAAGAGGAAAUUGUUCAGAGCUGGCUAAGAGUUGUGGCACUCCUCCAACUCCAUUUCAGAAAUCAUGAAAGCACAGAUCAAAUUCUGGGCCAGAGCCGUGGCAUCAAACGUGCGCCAGGAAUGCUAAUUAAUCAAACUGUAUGUUACAUCUUAACUCUCAGCAUUAACGAUGAUCUAAUCUCUGUCCCGUAAACAUUAACGUACACGAUGUCUUGGUUUAAUGUGUGUUCAUACAGGACAACUCUUUGGAGCAUUUGAUGUUGUACAAAUUCAACAUUUGCCACUGUCCAUGAAAACAUUAUUGGUUUUUGAACUAUAUAUAUCCUCUUUCUCAA